AUGGCCGCGUCUUCUAAUCCCGCUGCCAUGCUCGCCUCCGCGGCUAUCCCCGCGUUUAACUGCCCAUCUGGCACGAAGAUGUAUAUCUUGAAUUUGGGAACGUUGGAAGCCGAUGAGUCUUGGCUUCUUCGAGGUGCGAACUCGAGUUCAUUAAGCAAUCCAACCCCGGUAAAUAAACGUCGCCAACUCGCUCUUCUUUCGGCACUUAUUGAAUACCCUGGUGUGGGCUUAAUCUUGUAUGAAACAGGCUGUGCGGAGGAUAUUGAUGUGAAAUGGCCCGCUCCAGUAACCGACGUUUUCCCUAGAGUCAAAUAUACCGAUGAUCAUAAAUUGCCCGCGGCGAUUAAGGCUACUGGGCACGAUAUCAAUGAUGUCAAAGCCGUUAUCAUUGGUCAUCUCCAUUUAGAUCAUGCAGGUGGACUGGAGCAUUUCAUGGAUACUGAUGUCCCGAUCUGGGUCCAUGAAGAAGAGUUCAAACAUGCCUGCUGGGCUAUUGGUACUGGAGCCGAUCUGGGUGUUUAUCUUGGACAUUAUAUGUCGUUGGAGAGACUUAAGUGGCAGACGUUUACGGAGUCAACGCUUGAUUUGUAUCAGGGCAUUGUUCUGCACCAUUCGCCAGGUCAUACGCCUGGAUUGUGUAUUAUGCAGGUGAAUCUUGAGAAGGAUGGGACUUUUAUUUGGACGACGGAUCAAUUUCAUGUUGUAGAGAAUUAUGAGCUUGGACAUCCUCACGGCGGAUUGGCGAGGGAUCAUAAUGCGUGGUAUCGGAGUUUGAAUAUGAUCCGCAGGCUUCAGCGAUUAUUUAAUGCGAGGUUGAUCUUUGGUCAUGAUCAAGAUGUUGCUGAUCAGUUGAUCAGCGAGAAGAGCUUCUUUGAGUGA